AUGAAUCGGUUCCGCACGAAGAAGAAGACGAAGGAAGAGGCACCGCCUCGCGUCUCAAACGACUCAGACUCGCCUGCGCCCUUCAGACUUUUCGGCAAGAAUAAGAAGACAACAGAGGAGGAACCUAGGAAAGAGAUCGACCUCGCUACGGCACUCCCUUCGAGUGAUGACUUCCGAACGAGUCUGCUGAUGACAGGCUUGUCAGCACGUUUUUCUAUGUUAAAGGAGCAAGAUGAUCCAACCUCCAAGAUUGGAAAGGCCAGUGACGAUAGCGUGUUGUUUCCCAAACGGCAAUCCAGAAUGCUGGACUUUGGUUUCGGCCCGGGCUUGGGUGAUAUUGCAGAGGUGGAGUCCAUCAGGGGCAAGGCACCGUUUGCUCGCAUGGACUCUUUCCACUCAUCUGAAGGCUCGACAUCUGGCAGCAUCAUGGAUCGGGCUAAACCUGUUGACGGCAACAACCUAUUUGGCGGACGUCAAAAGAUCUACAAGCUCCCCAGUGGUGGGGCGUCUACAAAAAAUCUUGAUGGCGGUAUGUCGGGGCGAGCACUUUACGGUGACGAUGUGGCCAUGUCAUCCUUCCAGCGCUGGAGGCAAAGCGAGAAGGACAGGCAGCCGUCAACAGAAGAGCGCCAGGACCAAGUCAACCUCAGCAUUGAUAUCCCUCGAGCCGAGUCUCCGCCUGCGGCAGAUGUCCACCGCAAACGCGAGACCAACUCCAGCAUGUCCUCCGCUCCUUCAGUCGGCCGUAACUCGACGGCCGCCACAUCCGUCACUUCCCAGCCCAAUGCCAUGUCCAAAGACUGGCAGUCUGCGGGGGCGUCCAGCCACUCAUCAUCUGCCACACCUGCAUUAGAGCGAAGCGUAACGAGGACACGGCGUCUUUACGAGACAGGGUUGCUGAACGAUCUUCAUGAACAACAAAACUCCGCUCUAUCGAGAAUGGACACUCUCUCCCGCCAAAGGAACUUGGGUUCUCGCACACCCGACAUGCCAAACGCCCCUUCGCCUACGACUGGACUAUUCACGGAUCGUUUUGGCGACCGUAAGCUUUUGGCUAAGGCCAGUGCACCUAACCUGCGUUCGAUGAGCCCACCGAUGACUGCGUCGUCAAUGGGCACACUGGAUUUCGGGACCCGCGUUCCCAGCAUUCCCGAAUCGAAGACAGCCUUUGGCACUAAUGUUGCGGCUCCCUUGAGCCCUCCGAUCAGUGAGUCCGAGGAACGCAGUCCACUCACCAUUCAGCCGAACGACCUAGGCAAGGCCACUUCCAUGGGUGUAUUCAACAAGCCUGCUCAGCAGUACGACGAGACGAAGUACGCGCAGAAGCAAAUCCAGCUUCAACAAGGACGUGAGACCCCGACGGAGAGAUUCCGUACUGGUUCCUCUGCCUCUCGGACUAAUGGAAGUCGGUCGAGAUCACGUUCAUCCUCUUCUGCUCAACGAGCGCCGUUCGAGAAGACGGAACCUGCUUUGCAAACAGAGCCAACUGUGCAAGAGGAGGCUGCGUUUAAUGGUACUUUCCUCGAUACCGAAGAUGACCAACCUCUACGUCCUCGUCCAUCGCAGUCUUCUACAUCAUCUCGAGGUACUCGGCAGCGCCCGUCCGAUCAGGAUCAUCCUGCGCUUCGAGAAUCUGCGCUUCCCACACCUCUAUCACUCGCUUCGAUGUCAGGUGGACCCUCACCGGUAUCCGAACGUCCUAGCCUCUCUGCUUCUCACUCUCAUCAAAGCUCACCCGACGAUUCUCCCACAUUGGGCCCAACGACGGGCCUGAGCGGAAUAGUGCGCCAGCACCUGCGGUCAGACAGUGAUGCCUCAUCCAUUUACGGAGGUCCUAUUUCAAGCUCUCUCAAUGCCCCGAAAAGCAUGUAUGGACAGUACGAUCCCAAUGGCAUGUCCGACCUGAGUAUCUCCUCCAAUCCAUGGGACUCACAAUCUCCCGAUUGGCAGUCUUCGUACUUUGACAGCAGCCAAUCAAAACUCAACAGCAGGAUCAACACGAUCGAGGAGCGCCCCAAGCAAGAACGGAAGGAAGAGGUUAUGCCUGCGCCAUCCGAUGCUAGGUUACGCUCAGAAAGCGGGCACGCUGAAGAGAAGGAAGACGACUUUGCUCGUCAUUUAGCAGAUGGUGCAAGACGUGUUCGUGAAAGAUUGACAUCUUAUGUUGAAUCGGACAGUCGCUCUGUGUCACCGCAACCUUCGGAACGUGAGCCGUUGCCAUCGCGGUCGAACCCGCUCCACCUUCUUAUUUCAAAGUCGAGCCGUGGCUCCCUCGUCGACCGCAGCCGAGAGCGCGAACAAGCCCCGCCACCACCCAAGGUCAACAAGAUGCUCGGUAUUGGCGCAUCCACCAUGAGUAGCUCGCCGAGUCCAAGCAAGCGGAGUUUCGACUUCGAAAGCAAGGACGCCCUUUCUCCCAUGGAGGAGGAGCCGGAAAGGUCCUCCCCCUCGAAGCAGGAGCAGCAGCAGUCUAUUGACGAAACAGCGGUCUCAACGCCACAGUCAGCCAGUAAGGAAGUUCAAGAAGUGGAAGAAGACAAGGAAGAAGGAAUGCACGCAGGGCUCCGUGCGUUCAGGCAGGCGCGAAGAGAACUUCAGAAGCUGAAAGAGACUGAAACACAGCAGCGACAUCAGUCACCUUCCGGGCCGCCACACAUGCCACCCUCAGCGCCAGCCCCACGUCCAGUCACAAAUCGUGAGCGACCGCGAGGACAUCGAUCCCCAUCCCGUGAGCGCAGGCCACCUCCUGUUGCUUACCAGCCCCGUCCCAGUCAGGAAUCGUCGUAUGGUGGUGGAACGCCUCAAUCUUCGCGCCCGUCGUCAAGGACCGAACGAGAUCGGAGCGGGUCUGAAAACAGCAACGGUAGCCGGUCUCAAAGCCGCCCGGCCAGGCUCAGAAAUACUUCAGCCCCCCAUGAAGGCCUGGCUCCUGGUACCAACGGUGGCUCGCCCCGUGCCAUGCUCCGGUCGCCAGGUCUCCCAGGUACUGACAUCCGACACUCCCCCAUCAUGCCCCCACGUGGACAUCCGCCCUCUGCACCGCCGUCAGGUCCACUUCCUGGGCCUCCUCCUGGGCACUUUGAUCGAUCUGUCUCAGGCAACCUACGUGUCCAGCCCCAGCAUCGUGGCGGCUACGACUCGAGCCAGGCAUCGCCGGUCUCGCCCAUGGCGCCCAUGCCGUCGCCUCUCGUGAGCUCGAGCGCCCAAGCUCCCCCGAUUCAACUUUCGCGACGACCAUCGGCACCUCCUACGCCCAACCUCGAGGGCGGCUUCUACAAGCUGGAUGAAUCGACCAAGAGAGCGGUGAGGAAGCGGGAUAUUUCGGAGCCGACCUUCGUUUCCAGCACGUCACGCGUGCCUACUGUCAAUCUCCCAGAGGAGGCCAGAUCUCGCAGCGGCUCUCGCAGUGGCACGAGAUCUCGGUCGGGCAGUCUGCUCGCGACAGCAUCGACGCCGAAUCUUCACGCGCUCGCAAAUAACCCAACACAUGCGCCACCCCUGCCCCCUAUCAACCCCAAGCGACGCAACAUGCUCGGGUUCCGUGGUGGGCGUAAGGCAGAAGAUGAGAUGGCUGGUGACAGCCCUCAGAUGCCGUUUGCGCCUCACGCCAUUCAUCUCCAAAACGAUGGCAACAGUGCCUUCUCCGUCAGCGACGAGGACGAGGGCGGUGCCCGUGACCGCCGAAGGCUCCGCAAAGCAACGAGCGAAGCCAACGGUAUGAACGUACGGGCACGCCAAACGCAUUACAACGCGCCACCCAUGCCGAGUCGCUCUCCCAUGCCUGGUGGCAUGAUCUAA